ACAGCACACAAUAACCCGACCCGAACUGCUAUUACACAAAAAUGAUAAAAACGAAUCUUUUCUGCUACCCAUUUUCUUCCUGCUUGCUGAUUGAUUCUUGAUUUCUUACGAUCUCCCGUCAACCAUCAAUCGAGAAAUUAAUUGAUUGAUACCGAUCAUAGGCAGAACUUGAUUAUCAUCGCACUGGAUAGCAAAAUAGAUGUUUGGAAGAAAUUAAUAAUUUCAAAUUAUUGUGGUGUACUGUUGGUGUUUGAGGCUGUGAGAGAGAAUUAAGAGACAUAGGCACAUAGUGAAAGAAUUUUAGGUAAAAGAGUGAUUAAUUUGGUUGGAGAAAAUGGGUGUUUGAUGUCGCUGACAUUGAAUAUGAAGAAUUUGGGUUAGCCGCAGCUGUUGAAGGAGGAGGAAACAUUACAUACAACAAAAACUAGGGAUUUUCUCCUGAGUCAUUCAAAUGACCAAAACACCCAUUCUAACCGCAUGUAGUAACAGGGAUACGUGGUGGAGUUCCUAGUUUUUACAUUGGAUAUCUCUUGGAUCUCUCUUGGUUGACGAAAGAUGAAUCACUCACUUUUUUUUUCUUUUUAUAAAACUGUUGUCCAUAUUAUCCUUCACCUCAUACGAAUUUUUUAAUUUGGUUGUUGACUACUGCUCUAGCAGUAAUCUAGUAUUACUAUUACCAACUGUGGCUAUAAAAACUGAAUGAGGAUAUCCCGUGGCAUUUUAGGGGUAAUUCUGUAAUCUGCAAUGUAUGAAAAUGGAUAGAGCAUAUGUGAGUAAAGCAUUUGUAAUCUGCAUUUGUUUGCCAUGACUUCAGUACAGAGCUCGGAAAGAUGGGCAGUUGAUAUCUUUCACUGUUCAAAACCAAAAUUUAGAAAUCAAAUUGAAACCCAAAAUCAAAAUCAAGUUGUUUAUCCAAUACCCAUUUCAAGAAGAGCUGCAAUUUUGAUUUCUGUCAUUCCUUUUAGUCUAAUUGCAUUACCUCCAUCUUCACAAGCUAGAGAGAGAAGGAGCAGAAAAAUCAUUCCUCCUGAAGAUUAUGUUACAAGCUCGGCUGAUGGCUUAAAGUACUUUGAUCUCAUUGAGGGAAAAGGCCAAACAGCAGAGAAAGGAUCAAUUGUCCAGGUGCAUUUUGAUUGUGUAUACCGUGGUGUUACUGCAAUAUCGAGUCGAGAAUCUAAACUCUUAGCUGGAAAUCGCGCAAUUGCACAGCCGUACGAAUUCAGGGUUGGAGCAACUCCAGGAAAAGAAAGAAAGCGGGAUUAUGUAGAUAGCGCAAAUGGUUUGUUCUCUGCUCAGGCUGCACCGAAACCCCCAGCAGCUAUGUACUCAGUAACUGAAGGGAUGAAAGUAGGGGGGAAGAGGAGGGUUAUUGUGCCUCCAGAAGCUGGGUAUGGUAAAAGAGGAAUGAAUGAAAUCCCGCCAGGAGCUACUUUUGAACUUAACAUAGAGCUUUUAGAAGUACUAGCACCCGAAGCAAAGUAACUUAAGCUUGUCUGGUUGUGAGUGAAAUACGUGUACCAUAAAUCCGUUUUUAUUACUUAAAACUGCAACAAUGCAAGCUUUUGCAUAAGAAGAUUGUCCUCUUUUCGCGCUCAUUCUUUUUGUAAGUAAAAAUAUAGUUGUCAUUCAUGAGAUCAUACUUGUUAAUAAUUUUCAGAUGAUGUUAUCUUAACUGGCGUUUU